UCCUGCACGCCUCCUCCACUCAGCUUUUAAAAGCAGCAGCUGCCAAACCCUUUAAACGCUGCUAAAGUCUGAUUUCCUCUUAGCAAGAGGCGCAGGACUGAGGCCAAGAGGAACCCUGAGCAGGAACCUUCCAGCGAAUGCAUUAAUGGUUUCUUACUGAGGUCUCUUUGCUUUGGUGCUCUGCAAAAAAAAAAAAAAGUUCUGCUUAGCCAGAGUCAGGUCUAAAGGUGUGUGCCAUCUGCAUGCGAUCUAGACAACAUUUAUAGCUGUAAAACAGGAUUGGAUGGUCUAUAUGCUCACUGACAGGUAAACUUAGCUACCCGUGCUUCUUACUUCUGGAUUUGUGGUUUGGAAUCGGAGCAUAGGAUGUGUAAAUUCUGUCAAAAAGUCCAAAUCCUAUCAGGCUAAGCUAAAGUCCUAGCUGAGAUCCAGAUGCCGUAGAAUACCCUGCUAUACCACCCCUGAACUGCUAGAUACAUAAACUGUGGGUUUAUCAAUAUUGACAUACAUGUUGUAACUCUGGAAUUUAGGCAGUGUUCUGGAACUAGGUCUCCGAGUCUAGCAAAACUAGAUACUGGUUACAGUUUUAGAUUGAAGGUAAGGUUCUGGAGCUAGAUGUUGGUUGGAGUUUUAGGCAAGGUUCUAAAAAAGUUACCAUUCUCAGCUCUGAACUGGAGUUAAGGUUCUAGGUCUAGAUAUCAGUUGUAGUUUUGGAUUGCUGGUACGGUUCUAGAGUCAGAUAUUUUCAGCUCUGAAUUGCAGUCAAGGUGAUCACUAUGCAGAGUGAGGGGUGUAGGAUGAGCGGUGGGGUGCAGGAGCCGGCAGGAGCUGGGAUGAUCACUUUGGAUGAUUUGGACAACAUGACGGACGAACCAGGCUCUGACUCGGCAUACAACAGCAAUGGGAGCGUGGAGGAAGAAGUGGAGCCAAUGGAAGAUGCUGAACAAGACAGGCUGCUUAAUUACUGGCAAACUGUGGCCAGGGGCCACCAGGUCGAGGUCCCAAAUGACAUGGCAGAACCUAUCCAACAGAUGACCAGAAAUAACCGUACUGAGGAACGCCAAAGCGUGCCCUUUCUGUUACUGAGUCGCAAGGAGAAGUGUGGAGAGAUUCUGUAUGAGAAAAGACAAUAUGGAAGAGCCAAGUGGGCAUGUGUUAAAAUGCAGGAAGAACAAUAUGAACAGAGCAUAUGCCUGGGAUUUAUGAAGCUGAUGAGAUACAUCUGUGAACAAAACUCUUCAGGUCUAUAUCUUGGGAUGACCAUUCCAAUUCUGACCAUCGUGCACACAGACGAAGCUCAAGCAGAACUCACACGAUCGGUCACUGUGGCGUACUACAUUCCAUCUCCUCUCCAGGAACAGCCACCUCAGCCUACAGACCAGGACAUUGUCAUUGAAGAAUGGCCUCCCACAAUAGUGUUUACUCGGCCCUUCAGUGGAGUGACCAACGAAGAGUCCAUUAUACAUGAGAUCCAACUGCUGGCUGAGCUCUUGGACAAUCCGGAGGAGUGUUUGCAGGACAUGUUUACCGUAGCUGGAUACACUAACCCAGCGGCUGCCAACAGACAGAAUGAGAUCUGGUUCCUACAAAGGCCGUGAUGGACGGAAAGAGGUUUGGAGAAGAGUCUGAAAUGGAUGCCCACCACUGAACAGUGAAAAACAAAAGAAAAAUUCCACAUUGCAGGUCAAUAAGUUGGUCACUUCCAACCUUAUGGAUUAGCGAUAACCGUCUGUCCUGCUUCAUGGGUCCUCUUAGACUUAAGGUUGACUUUACCCCGAAGGACAUUUUUAAAUGUUUCAGAGCCAGGUUCGUUAGCGGCUUUUACAGGAAAGGGAGGAAUAAGAUCUGUAUUAUGAAAACCCAGUAACUUAUGUUCCUGUGUAUGAGUAGGACAGAAAAUGUCAAAUGUCAGCAUUUUCAGAUUGCCCUACGGGACACUGAAAGUAGACAUGACAAUGCCAAAAUUGGUCCAAGACAGCAGAUAUAACACAUUUCUAUCUACACUAUAUUGGUUCAAUAUUAGCAAUUUCCUUGUUCUAAACUCCCCGUUUAGAGAAUAACUCCAUAACUGAAGCAUGGAGAGUAAAUGUCUUGGGCUCUGGGACACAUAGGGUUAAGACAGAUUUGUUCCUUCUUCGUGUCCAUUAGAAGUAAAAAGGAUUUAGCCAAGAUAUGAACUGCUAAGCUUCAAAUCCAAUACGAACAUCUUGGGAAAAGCAGCUUCCCCCAUGGGGCCCAUAUGGCAAUCCAAGCAUUAACCAUCUAUGUGCCAAAGGCUCAGACAUAAUGCCAUUUCUGUGCGUCUUGUAUUCUGCGAGGUUCAUUUAAAGGAUAGGAGUGUGUUAAUCAUGUCCUCCUUGCUGUCCAGUAUGAAGAUUUACUAAAAUAGAUCGUAGCUACCAUUGCGGAUUAACCCUUUCAUUUCAAUAGAGGGGAGAAAAACAAAAACAAAAAACCUUGAAAGAACAAUCACUUACAUAAGGCUUUAAAACCAACUUUUCACCCCUAUUAGUAUACAAUAUGUAAAGAAACGACCCAAAAAGGUUUUUCAUUAGAUACAUGAACUCUGCCUAAUGCUGGGUAGAAUUUUUCAUGUACUGCUCAACAUUUCAAAGUCAUGUUCUCUAGGAAACCACUAGAACUGGCAAGCCUAGUUUUAAAGCGCUAUUCGUAUUUGUGAUAAGAGGGCUGUUUAAAAAAAAAACAUAUCAAUUCUACAUACGGACAGACAAAAAAAGGCAGUGUUCUACCACGUGGAAUGUUGAAUAUACUGCAGGGAGAAAAUCAAGCUUAAUGAGGCGUCCUGCGGCACAAUGUAUAGCUACUUGUAAUGGGCUGCCACGCAGUAAGUCGUUUUCAUGAAAACAUUGAAGAUCUGGUAACAUUGGUGGGUAAUUAACCACCCUAGGUGUAAUCAGGAAAUGCAGCCUGCUAAAAGGCACGUGACAGAUAGCAGCAGAAAGAAAGCACUCCUGUUAAUUAACUCCAUUCAGACACUAGGUUAAUCCUCUUACACAGACAGCUUUCUCCCACGUUACCUUGUUAGGAUAAUUAGACAUUUAUCAUACAGGCCAUGUAUCAGAUGUGAC